AUUGGUUUCUGCCACUUGUUGCGGAGGCGCAAGACAGAGCGGUUCGCGGCCAACAGGAGGGCGCCAGAUCGCGAAGCGCCACCUCAGCUGCUACAGAUGGAGGCCGCCAGGACCACAAGGGAGGGAAAAGAUCCCCCGCAAACAGGGCGCCGGCAGCUGGAAGUCUGUGGGACUGUUUUGCAGCUCUGGUUCCAGCACCUCGUCUUCUAGGAAAAGAGAACCUUAUCCGAGCAGAGCGUUUCCAUUCAGAAAGCAUUCGCAAACGCACAGAACUUUCAUUGCGCUGUAACUGCUGCACACUGUAAUCAACGCAUUUCGCGGCUCAUCAAACAGACGCUUGAAUUGCAAUGGCUUCCUCAAUGAUCGCCACGCAAUUGGCCGCCACGAGCCUGUCCUCUGUGGCUGCUGUGUCCAGCUCCACGAGUGCCUUCAACAGGACGUCUGUUGUGGCCCCCGUCAGGAGGAGCACAGUGAUCAGGGCAAACCGCGAUGACGCCAAGGCCGGCUUCAUCAAGAAGCAGGCAGAGAAGUUCAACCAGAGUGUGGAGGACUUCUCUCUGAAGAAGGCCCCCAAGCACAUGGCAGAGAAUGAGCCCUCAGGCAACAACUUCACGGGCAGGCAGAACCACCCUGAGGAGGAGGAGGGCGAGUCCAGGGGAGCGCAGAUGUUCAAUGCCAGGAGAAAUGUCGUCACUGAGGUCGGUGGACAGAUGAACAAGGCUGCUCAGGAUGCCAGCGCCAAGGUGCAGAAGGCUGGCCAGGGUAUUGCGGACGCUGCUGAGAACCUGAAGGACAAGGUGACUGGAAAGGACAAGUAGAUGUUUCGAUCACUGAUUCGAGUUGGGAGUAGAUUGAACGACCACGGAUUUGACUUUGUGUGUGUGUAGAAAGACGCUGCAAGCUGCAACGUUGUUAGCAUACUCCGGUCGUUUGUACCUUACCAGUGUUGAGAGAACCAUUUUUCCCAGUGUACAUUACUGAACAAACGACAUUGUAAAGAGACUGGCAACCUGUGAUUUUGAUUGGAAGGGGAAAGCUGAGAAAAUCGGCUUACUGCAAGCUUGGGUUGAAGGUGAAUGUUAUCUGUACAUCAUCA